AGGGAGGUGGCGUCCGCCAUAGACCUUAUGAUUUGGUGAAUUUUAUUUCAUUGUGGGUUCAUUUCGUUCAGGAAGGGGCUAAUUUCCUUCAGGGGUUCAGAUUUGAUUUCAUCCCCGUCUCCACUGAACAGAUGCCCGGCUGACCGAUGUGUCAAUUCCCCGCAUAGCCCCGCCUACCUUGUCCUUUAUUGGCUAUCACCGACUGAUGGGCAUCACGUCGGCCCAACGGCGCUAGACAGUUUACGCUUCCCACACUUCCCUCUCCUGAUUGGUCCGUAGGUGGAAAGGGGCGGUCGCCUCGACGGGCUCAGUGUGGGCAACUUUACGCAAGCGCAGUCAACGCCGAGCUCAUUGAGCGCUGGAAUUGAUGUGGAAAAGUUUCUAAAUGGUUUCCCGUGAAAAAACAAAUCCUUGGUGAAUGGAGUAAAACCGAAGGGGGAGAGCUUGUAUUGUGUCUGCCCUCACGUACGCCCGUCAACCGACCUUACGUGCUUCCCGCGAACAGAAAUGAGCCGGCAGCCAAUCGGCGACGGCGGCGGCGGAGACUUCCAGCCAAUCGGGAGAGCGGAUGGGCGGGUUCCCCGGUGCGAUGACGUCAUGGGCGCAGGCCGCUGGCUGCCUUCAUUGUCUGAUAUAGGGGGGCAGGGCGUUUUUGCGCCUUGACGGGCUUCAUAGUUGUGUUUUAAAUGCUCGCGGCGAAGAAAUGCAGCUGGAUGGUUAAGGAGAUGGUUGGAUUUGUUGCAUUGCGUCGGAAUUCGGUGGCCGGGACUGUACACAGAGGGUCCCGGGACCGCUGAGAAUUGAGGGGGCGGGGGGUUGCAAACUAGUGUGGAACCAGUUUAAAGGGACAAAGACCUUCCUCCUGCCUCUGCUAGAGUAGAGCCUGAGCUUGUUCAACCGGUCCUGGUAAGAUGUGCUGUCCAAUGCAGCAUCCUGGAAGGACGUGAAAACCAUAGAAAAGAUGCAGAGGAGACUCACAAGGAUGUUGGCUGGAUUGGGGAGCAGGCCUUAUGAGAACAGGUGGAGCGAACUUGGCCUUUUCUCCCUUGGAGCGAUGGAGGAUGAGAGCUGACCUGAUAGAGGCCACGAACCUAUCAAUCACCCCUGCUGUGGACCACUCUCUGGAGGUCCAAGACACCGACUUCUACAAAGAAAGGAUCCGUUUGCUCCAUGACCGCUGGACUAAGGGCCGGGACAUGGGGAGCCCGGAGCGAGGGCGGCGCCCGGAGCCUCCGCAGGAAGACGAAGGGGGAACGCCGGGCGCCGGCAGGCUGUAUAUCUGCUCAGGAUGCGGCCUGGCCUUCGGACCGCCCACGGACCAGGGAAGCCACCGGUGCCCGCCCCCCGCCUCCUCCACCCCGGCCGUCGCCACUGCCCCGCCCUUCCGCUACCUCUUCCCCGCCGGCCCUGGACUGCCGGGCCCCACCUACGCCCUGGGCCAGCCCCUGCGCCUCCUAUGCCCGGCGCCCUCCCCCCGACCCCGCGCUCCCGGGGUCCCCGGUAAGCUCUAUCCCUGCGGGGCCUGCGGACGCACCUUCGGGCGCUCCUCCAACCUGGCCCGGCACCGGCGCAGCCACACGGGCGCGCAGCCCUACCAGUGCGCUGACUGCGGCAAGCGCUUCAACUACCCCUCGGAGCUGGAGACACACCAGCGGGUCCACACCGGCGAGCGGCCCUUUACUUGCGCCGUCUGCGGUAAGGGCUUCACCCAGUCCUCCAACCUGCUGACUCACCAGCGGGUCCACACCGGCGAGCGGCCCUUCACCUGCGCCCUGUGCGGCAAGGGCUUCACCUGCUCCUCCAAGCUGCUGACCCAUCACCGGGUCCACACCGACGAGCGCCCCUUCGCCUGCCCCGACUGCGGCAAAGGCUUCAAAAGCUCCAAGGAACUGAUGAUGCACCAGCGCAUCCACACCGGCGAGCGGCCCUUCACCUGCGCCCGCUGCGGGAAGCGCUUCACCCGCUCCUCCGACAUGCUGACCCACCAGCGGGUGCACACCGACCGCCGGCCAUUCGGCUGCCCGCUCUGCGCCAAGCGCUUCAAGAGCGCCAAGGAGUUGACCCAACACGAACGCGUGCACACGGACGAGCGGCCCUUCCGCUGCACCCGCUGCGGCAAGCGCUUCAUGUACUCGUCCAACCUGCUGCGGCACCAGCGUAUCCACACCGCCCGGGGCGAGGCAGAGGACCAGGGGCUGGCAGGAGACGUAACCUCAUCCAGUGUCGCAGAAUGCCUUGGAGAUAUCUGUACCGAAGAGCUGAACUGUGGCACAGUGACCUCCGGUGUGCGUCUGACCCAGAGGAUAGGGGAGAUGGGAACAGAGCACGGGUGCUCCCGGAACAGCCCCGCCAAUAAUCCACACUAACACGCUGUGCUGGGAACUGUCUUCCCGAAAGGAAUUCCGAUCACCGCCGGAAACUGAUGUCCACCCCGCGUGUCAGCAUGCCGUGGGGAGUGACACAAUUCCCGACUAAGGGGGAUUUCUCCGUGAACGCGGACCUCAGCGUGUCCCGGGACCUCCAGAGGAGACGGCCAGGACAAUGUCUCCAAGUCGGACUGGUAGCCGACAUCGACUCCAGAAGAGCAGCCGGCCAAUCCUUGCUGUUGGUCGGUUCGUUCCCGAGGUGCUUCCUCGGUGUAUAGUUAAUGUACAGAGAGGCCCAAAACAGAUGUAA